AUGAGUCGUGUGGACGAAGCGCCUACCACCCAUGUAACACCAUCCUACUUUUGGGAAUGUGUCACUUUUUCCAGCGAUUGUCCAUUCUUCUCAAUCCAUGAUCCAAAUUUAUAUUACUUUGGGGUCGUUAUAGUCUGUUUGUACGCUGCGUUUUUGCUCAUGAUUCUUGCUGACUUGAAAUUUUAUUGGUCCGUCGAUCAUUUCCAACAUCAAAUAGAUUAUUACAUAAAUUUAGUAAGAAAGAAGGUGAGGCAAGUGCAGUUGGACCAGAGGAGAUUGAUGUCAACGCAGGAGAGGACAGAGAAACAGUUGAAGAGAAGCGAAGAUUGCAAGCGUGUCGUGACGGGUAUCAGAACAGCACUAACGAUGGACGACCCCAGACAAUUUACCGAGUUGACAUCGUACUUCGCUGACACAAAACCUCCCAGCAAGAAUACCUGGAAUGCAACACGGCGGUGCCCGCAGACCGAAAUAAGCGACUGGUGCUUAUAAAGGCGUUAUGUGGGAAGUAAAACAAAUUGUGCGUCACCACGAAUUGGCUCUGGUUUAAAGUUAAGCAAUUACGAAGAAGCAAGCUGUGAGAUUGCAUCAGGCGAACUUCUUGUUUUCCCUACUGAAAACUAUCUUCAUUACGCUGGAUCUGUGUAUCUGCUAUCUAAAUCGUACACAAACAUUGUUUUGCAACCACAUUCACGUUGCACAUACCCUGUUUCCCGAACUAGAUUUGGUCGUAUAUGGCUAAACAGUUGGCUCAGCUCCAAUCGCUUCCUUAACCGUUUUAAAAUUAUUUAUUCGCAGAAAGUAAAAUAAAUAAAACCAAAACAUA